UGCAGCUCUUCCGCACAUGCAAAAUCCAGCCAACCGGUUUCGAAUAAUGGCAGAUGCGGCGCUGGUUUCGGCGGAACAACUUGUUUGGGUUCGAAAUGGGGCAAUUGCUGCUCAGAUUGUUUCCAUUGCGGAAGCACGCCCGAGUACUGCGCUCCCCCCAAAUGCCAGCUCGGGUAUGGGCUCUGCAAC